AUGGUGAACAUAACUUCCAUUAAAACCUCAUCAAAUGGAGCCUGGCAAGGCGAUAAUCCCCUAGAUUUUGCCUUCCCUUUGUUAAUAGUCCAAACCACCUUAAUCCUAGUGGUUAGCCGCUUCUUUGCCUUCCUUCUCAAGCCCCUCCGCCAACCCAAAGUCAUUGCCGAGAUAGUUGGUGGGAUUCUUUUGGGGCCAUCGGCUUUUGGACGAAACAAAGAGUACUUGCACCGUAUUUUCCCUCAAUGGAGCACUCCGAUACUCGAAUCGGUCGCAAGUAUUGGUCUGCUCUUCUUUCUUUUCCUUGUAGGUCUCGAACUCGAUUUAUCCUCGAUUCGCCGGAGCGGCAAGCGAGCCUUCGGCAUAGCAUUCGCUGGCAUCAGUCUCCCUUUCGUCUGUGGCAUUGGUGUAGCAUCUGUCCUUAGAAAAACAAUUGCAGGAGAAGACCAAGUCGGUUAUGGCCAAUUUUUUGUCUUCAUGGGAGUUGCACUUUCAAUCACAGCAUUUCCUGUACUAGCCCGAAUUCUUGCAGAAUUAAAACUACUAACAACUCAAGUUGGACAGACUGCAAUGGCUGCAGCAGCGUUCAAUGACGUCGCAGCGUGGAUCUUGCUAGCCUUAGCAGUUGCUCUAGCUGGUAAUGGUAACGGUAAUGGCGGUGAACACAAAAGUCCUUUAGUAUCAAUUUGGGUACUCCUUUCAGGUGUUGCCUUUGUUGCAUUCAUGUUAAUUGUGAUACGACCUGCCAUGAAAUGGGUUGCCCGGAGAUGCUCCCCAGAACAUGACAUGGUAGAUGAAGCUUAUAUAUGCUUGACGCUAGCUGGGGUUAUGGUAUCAGGAUUCAUGACUGACCUUAUAGGCAUCCACUCAAUUUUUGGUGCAUUUGUUUUUGGACUAACUAUCCCUAAAGGUGAAUUUGCUGAGAGAUUGAUGGAGAGGAUUGAAGACUUCGUUUCGGGUCUGCUUCUUCCACUUUACUUUGCUUCUAGUGGAUUAAAGACUGAUGUGGCUACAAUACGAGGGGGAGGUCAUGGGGGCUGGAAGAUUAUUGGGACGUUUGUGGUGGCAAUGAUGUUUAUGAUUCCAGCGAGGGAGUCUUUGACUCUUGGGGUUUUGAUGAAUACUAAAGGAUUGGUGGAACUUAUUGUGCUCAACAUUGGCAAGGAGAAAAAGGUUCUCAACGAUGAAAGUUUUGCAAUUCUCGUCCUCAUGGCACUCUUUACUACCUUCGUCACAACCCCUACUGUCAUGGCGAUCUACAAACCCGCUCGUGGUGGCUCCCCCUCUGGCACCCACCGCAAGCUAGGUGACUUAACCACCACAAAGGACUCCAAGGAUGAAUUACGCAUCCUUGCUUGUGCUUAUGGGCCAGGAAAUGUGUCCUCUCUUAUUAGCCUCAUUGAGUCAACAAGAAGCACUAAGAAAUCCCAACUCAAACUCUUCAUAAUGCACCUUGUGGAGCUGUCUGAGAGAUCUUCAUCAAUCAUCAUGGUCCAACGGGCCCGUAAAAAUGGGCUUCCUUUCAUUAACCGAAGCCGCCGUGGUGAAUGGCAUGAUAGAGUCUCCGGCGCAUUUCAGGCCUACAGUCAAUUAGGCCGUGUUUCAGUCCGGCCCAUAACAGAAAUCUCACCUUUGGCUACCAUGCACGAGGAUAUUUGCCAAGUUGCUGAGAACAAGAGGGUGACGAUGAUAAUCUUGCCAUUCCAUAAACAGUGGAGAGGAGAGGGCGAUGAGUCCAUGGAGAAUAUGGGCCAUGGAUGGAGAGGGGUGAAUCAAAGGGUUCUAAAAGACGCUCCUUGCUCGGUGGCCGUGCUUGUGGACCGUGGAUAUGGAAAUGGAUCUCAGACUCCAGGACCUAAUACCAAUGUGGCUCAAAAGGUUUGCAUCAUAUUUUUUGGUGGGCCUGAUGAUCGGGAGGCUCUGGAUUUGGGUGGUAGGAUGGCAGAACACCCUGCAGUUAAAGUCACCGUAGUGAGAUUCGUUAAGAAAGAAGGGAGAGAAACGAACCAUGUUGUGUUACAGCUCUCACCAUCCAAGUGUAGUGAACAAAGUUACAGCUUCUCCACCGCUGCAAUGAACCGAGAGGAAGAAAAGGACCUGGAUGAGACUGCCAUAGCUGAAUUUCGAAGCAAGUGGGAGGGAACGGUAGAGUUCACAGAGAAGGUCGCUAGCAACAUUGUGGAAGGGGUGCUAGCAAUAGGAAGGGGCGGGGAUUACGAUCUUAUUGUUGUUGGGAAGGGCAGGUUUCCGUCAACAAUGGUGGCAGAAUUAGCAGAGCGACAAGCCGAGCACGCUGAGCUGGGGCCUAUUGGAGACAUAUUGGCCUCAUCAGGCCAUGGUGUUAUGUCUUCAGUGCUUGUUAUUCAACAACACGAUUUGGCUCAUAAAGACGAGGCUCAAGUGUCAAAGGUAGUGCACGCUGAGUCUGAGAAGUUCAAAGCCAACGAGUCAUCGGGUGUGGGGGAGAUUUCGAAGGAUUUUGUGUGA